CCUCCGACCAGAGGGGGGCGCUGACACCCCCACAACAACGUCAGAAAACUACAGGAUGCCGUUGAUGACGUGUGGAAAAGAAGAAAAAAAACAGGAAAUACUGUAGAAAACUGUAAAAAAAAAAAAAAAAAAAAGUUCCAGACGUUUUUUUUCAAGGCUAAAAAGGUGAGGAGGUGUUUACGGACGGAUACUAUCUCCUACCUGCAGCGGUAGUCCGCGCUUUGAACGCCCGGUGUUGCCGAGGAGGAUGCGUCUUUGCCUACCCCGAUGUUCCGAUGGCUUCCUUUGAAGGCAACAAGGGGAGUCUGCAGGAGGACAGCUAUGAGGGAGCCGUCGGCGGAGAGCUGUCCGGCUGCGCGUUGGCGAUGCUGGAAAAGGAACGGGAAUCCCUCCUCAGCCCGGCGGAGAGCCCCGGUGCCGCCUUCAACAGCAGCGGCGGCGGCGGUGGUAGCGGUUCCUCCACCGGCCUUCAGGCCGCUGUCCCCCUCCAGGGCUACGAUGUGGAGUUCGAUCCCCCGCUGGAGAGAAAAUACGAGUGCCCCAUCUGCCUCAUGGCUCUGAGGAACGCCAUCCAAACGCCCUGCGGUCACCGCUUCUGCAAGAACUGCAUCGAGAAGUCUAUUCGUGACGCAGGGCAGAGGUGUCCCGUGGACAACGUGCCGCUGUUGGAAGACCAGCUGUUCCCGGACAACUUUGCCAAACGGGAGAUUCUGUCGCUGACCGUUUGCUGUCCGAACUCCGACUGCGAUGAGAAAAUGGAGCUCCGGCAAUUGGAGAAUCAUCUGGCCCGCUGUGAGUUCGCCACGGUGCCGUGCUCCCAGUGCCAGCAGUCGGUGAGACAGAGCCAUCUCGAGGAGCACAAAACCGUGGAGUGCCAAAGGAGAUCCAUGACCUGUCCGGAUUGCGUGGCGCACUUCUACUACGAGGAGAGGGAGCUCCACGAGCAGCAGUGUCCCUUCGCCAGCGUGACGUGCCAGUACUGCGAGAUGGAUCUCAUCAGAGACCAGAUCGAAUCUCAUUGUGACACAGACUGUCCGAAAGCGCCCGUCGCCUGCAACUUCAGCGCCUUCGGGUGUAAGGAAAGGAUGCAGCGCCACGACCUGGCUGAGCACAUGCAGGAGUUCACGCAGAUGCACAUGCGCUCCAUGGCCGAGUUCCUGCGCGGCCUCAGCCUCAACGGCACCGCGCCCAAGUCCCUGUGGACGCCGGGGCCGUCCGUUUCUCCCGAGGAUCAGGGGGCGGGGGUGGCCUGCGGCGGCCCCAAAGGAGCCGCGAGCAUCGGCGGCGGCGGCGGCGGCGGCGGCGGCUGUGCGCCAAGUCAGCCGACUAAGGAGCUCCAGAGGCUCAGGGAGAUGGACGGGCGGCUGGUGAAGCAGGAUCACCAGCUGCGUGAGCUCAUCAUCUUAAAGGAAACGCAGGCCGGCCAGCUGGCGGAGCUCAGGCGCCGGGUGUCGACGCUGGAGGAGACCGUGAAGGACCUGGAGUCCCAGCAGUGCCAGGGCGUCUUCGUCUGGCGCCUCCGGGGUUUCUCCGCCCACCUGCACAACCAGGAAGCGGGCCUGCCGGUGGUGGAGCACAGCCCCGGCUUCUACACGGGCCGCCCGGGCUACAAGCUGUGCCUGCGCCUGCACCUGCAGACGCCCAACGCGCCGCGCUGCUCCAACUUCAUCUCCCUCUUCGUCCACACCAUGCAGGGCGCCUUCGACGGGCAGCUGAGCUGGCCGUUCCAGGGCACCAUCCGCCUCGCCAUCCUGGACCAGGGCCCCGAGGCGCAGCACCACGUCGAGGCCAUGGAGACCAAACCCGACCUGCAGGCCUUCCAGAAGCCCGUCAUCCAGCGCAACCCCAAGGGGUUCGGCUACGUCACCUUCCUGCACCUGCAGCAGCUGAGCCAGAGGGCCUUCGUGAAGGACGACACGCUGCUCAUCCGCUGCGAGGUGACGCCGCGCUUCGACAGCGCGUUUCACCGCGACGGGAUGACGGUGCAGCCCAGAGGGCCCGAAUCCUCGGUAUCGAGGGACUAAAGUCAAACUCGUAUCUAUGGCAGCAGCAUCAUCAUCAUCAUCAUCAUCUUGAAGAGAGGCUUGAAUGCAUGGACACCAGGAGGAGAGAAAUGUAUGUUCACACACACACAUUUAAAAAAAAAUGUGGACACUGCAAGUAUCAUAGUAUUUAUUUACUUUUUUUUUUUAAUGGGAUUUCUUUUUUUUUUUUUUUUUAUAAAUGUAAACGGAACAAUCAUUUUUAAUGUAUCUGAAAUGUACGUAGUCGCCCACAUGGUACCAACAGCAGUUAUGUUUCAUCGUGUGUGUGUGUGUGUGUGUGUGUGUGUGUGUGUGUGUGUGUGUGUGUGUGUGUGUGUGUGUGUGUGUGUGUGUGUGUGUGUGUGUGUGUGUGUGUGUGUGUGUGUGUCUGCACAAAUUACUCAAAUCUUAGUCGAACAAAAAAAAUCUUAUUUUUAAUGGAAACCUGAGGAUCUUUUUCUCUUUUUUUUUUUUUCCGUGAUUUUUAAUAUUUCUUCGAGGGGGACGCAAGACGCCGAGAAGUAACGCGUCACGUCGGAUCAUUACGAUCGGAAGGAGAGCUCCACAUGGCGUCUCUUGGGGGGUUCAUGGUCUCACACUGGAGAUGUUCAGAGGGUGAAGAACAACGACUACUAGUUUGGUGUAGAUAUGAGUAUUUGGAAACCGUGCGAAAUAUACAAAAAAAAUUUAAAAAAGAGUCUCCACAUCGCAAAUGUAUUAUUCUGUUGCGCCUCGACGAUGCAUACCGUGUACUCUGAUGAUAAACUUUUAACUGUUUUUAUGUUAAGAAAUAAUAAAUAAAUAAUCCACAGGCAACUUUUAAGCAUUUUAAGGAAGAGCUUAAACAUGUUCCUGUGUUGCAAAUUC